AGCCAGUGGAGCAGGAGAGAGCCAGUGCAGCUUUAAGGGGUCAAGAACCGGUCUGACGAGAGAAUGGAGCCGAGCUGUGUGUCAUAGGAAUACACACACUCUCUCUCUCUCUCUCUCACACACACACACACACACACACACGGUGCGCACCGGGCCGAGGAUGAGCGCACGACACACACGGAGGCACACACACACUCAGGCUGAGAACGUAAGGACAUGUUUCGGUGAGCCCUCGUACCCUGUGUAUGGGGGCGGAGUCAUCAACCCUGAUCCCUGUGUAUGGGGGCGGAGUCAUCAUCCCUGAUCCCUGUGUAUGGGGGCGGAGUCAUCAUCCCUGAUCCCUGUGUAUGGGGGCGGAGUCAUCAUCCCUGAUCGCUGUGUAUGGGGGCGGAGUCAUCAUCCCUGAUCCCUGUGUGUGGGGGCGGAGUCAUCAUCCCUGAUCCCUGUGUGUGGGCGGAGUCAUCAUCCCUGAUCCCUGUGUGUGGGCGGAGUCAUCAUCCCUGAUCCCUGUGUGUGGGCAGAGUCAUCAUCCCUGAUCCCUGUGUGUGUGGGCGGAGUCAUCACCCUCGUACCCUGUGUAUGUGGGCGGAGUCAUCAUCCUCGAUCCUUGCGUACGGGGGCGGAGUCAUCCUCAAUCUCUGUAUGAGCGGCUGAAGAUGUGUGAUAGUGUAGAUGUUGAGGAGAAGCCCCCUGCUCCCCCCAUGAGAAUGAGCAGCAGCUCUCGCGACUCUUCAUCUGUCCUGCACUCGUCUAAACCGCUGCCCAUGGCUCCGGAGGAGAAAAACAAGAAAGCUCGCCUCAGAUCCAUCUUCCCUGGGGGGGACAAGACGAAUAAGAAGAAGGAGAAAGAGCGUCCUGAAAUUUCUCUCCCGUCUGAUUUUGAACACACCAUCCACGUAGGCUUUGAUGCAGUAACAGGAGAGUUCACUGGCAUCCCGGAGCAGUGGGCUCGGUUACUGCAGACCUCCAACAUCACCAAGCUGGAGCAGAAGAAGAACCCUCAGGCCGUCAUCGACGUGCUCAAGUUCUACGACUCCAAAGAGACCGUCAACAACCAGAAGUACAUGAGCUUCACGUCAGGAGAUAAAUCGGCUCACGGCUACAUCGCCGCUAACACGCUGCAGCAGGGAGCUAAAACGGCGUCCGAGCCGCCCAUCGCACCUCCAGUGUCUGAGGAGGAAGACGAGGAAGAAGAGGAGGAAGAUGAAGAAGAAGAAGAGGAUGAUGAUGAGGUGCCGCCCAUCAUCGCGCCGAGACCAGAACACACCAAAUCUAUCUACACACGCUCUGUCAUCGAACCCGCCGCGACCCCUGACCCUGUCAAAGAGGUCACGACCCCGCCGGAGUCCCAGGUCCAACCGGAGGAGACGACGACCUCCAGCACGUUGUACAGACACACAGACCGCCAGAGAAAAAAGUCCAAAAUGACCGAUGAGGAGAUACUCGAACGACUCAGGAGCAUCGUCAGUGUCGGGGAUCCAAAGAAGAAAUACACACGCUUUGAGAAAAUAGGACAGGGGGCGUCUGGAACAGUUUACACAGCCAUCGAUAUCGCAACAGGGCAGGAGGUGGCUAUAAAGCAGAUGAAUCUGCAGCAGCAGCCGAAGAAGGAGUUGAUCAUUAAUGAGAUUUUGGUGAUGAGGGAAAACAAGAACCCCAACAUCGUUAACUACCUGGACAGUUAUUUAGUAGGAGAUGAAUUGUGGGUAGUGAUGGAGUAUUUAGCGGGCGGGUCUCUCACUGACGUCGUCACGGAAACCUGCAUGGACGAAGGACAGAUUGCGGCAGUGUGCCGAGAGUGUUUGCAGGCUCUCGACUUCCUGCACUCCAAUCAGGUGAUUCAUAGAGACAUCAAGAGCGACAACAUCCUGCUGGGCAUGGACGGAUCUGUCAAACUCACGGAUUUCGGGUUCUGCGCUCAGAUCACCCCGGAGCAGAACAAGCGCAGUACGAUGGUGGGAACGCCGUACUGGAUGGCUCCGGAGGUCGUGACCCGGAAAGCGUACGGACCCAAAGUGGACGUGUGGAGUCUCGGCAUCAUGGCUAUAGAGAUGGUGGAGGGAGAACCACCGUACCUGAAUGAGAACCCACUGAGGGCGCUGUAUCUCAUCGCCACUAACGGCACUCCAGAGCUGCAGAACCCUGAGCGCUUAUCCUCCGUGUUCCGAGACUUCCUGAACCGCUGUCUGGAGAUGGACGUGGACCGGCGAGGAUCGGCUAAAGAGCUGCUGCAGCACUCUUUCCUGAAGCUGGCGAAGCCUCUGUCCAGUCUGACGCCGCUGAUUGUAGCCGCCAAGGAAGCCAUCAAGAACAGCAGCCGCUAGAGGGGACCUCACACACACACACACACAUACGCACACACACACACGCACGCACACACACACACACACACACACACACACACACGAGAUGACAGACUGUUCCAUUCAGCCGUUUCAUGCUGUCUAGCACUGCAGAAUGAUCUGUUUGCCAAACGUGUGUGUGUGUGUGUUGGAAGGAAACCAGAUCAGAUGGAGAAAAGGGAAAAAUAAGUUUUUUUUCACUGUAACGGACGAGUGUGUGUGUGUGUGUGUGUGUGUGUGUGUGUGUAGCUCUGGGGUUUCCCUGUGACAAGUGCAGGGGCUAUAACACUCACAACUGGAUCCAUAACUGCAUGACAUGACUCCAUAAAUACUGUGUGUGUGUGUGUGUGUGGUCUACAUAUACACACCCUGCAACUCACAUUACUACAAUCAUACAGGCUCAUAUGCCUCUCUCUCUGUGUGUGUGUGUGAGUGUGUGUGUGUGUGUGUGUGUGUGUGGCUAUCCUACUAUGCAUUUUAAGAGCCAAUGCGAGCCGUGAAACAAAGCCAUUGAGUCGCAUAAAUGUGAUGAAACGGGCAUUACGCGGCAAAGUCUCACACACACAAACACAUAGAUAUGUAUAUUUAUUUUCCAUCUACACACACACAUACACACACACACACACACACACACACACACACACACACACACACACACACACACUUAACGGGGUGCUAAUACUUAUGUUUUUCUCUUUGAAUCUGAGUCUGCUUAUAUUCACAGCUUACUCUCUUAUUGAUUUGUUGGGUACUUUUGGGUUGUGUGUGUGUGUGUGUGUGUAGAAUACCUCAGUCUGCCAGUUACCCUCCAGAACAACACUGUGAAUCUUCAGGAAGCUUCAGCGCACACACACACGCACACACACACACACACACACACACAGUAACGUCAUUAUUCAGAUAACGGUGAUGUCAUGACGUGAGAUAAAUGUGUGUGUAGUUGGAGCAGUGUGUGCUUUUGAGUGUUGUGUCCUGGUCUUUCCAAGCGCUCGUCCCCUGUUGAUGAUGUCAUCCUUACAGAGAAGCCUACUUUAAACAUGCCGUUAUAGGAAAAUGAUCGACUUCGAAGUGUUUACAUCACGCCACUCCUGACCAAUCAGGAUCCAGGAUUCUAUCCAGAACUUAAUUUGUUAAAUACUUACGUCACUACUGCGCAGUUUGUGUUUAGCUAAUCGAAUGACAGAUUGAUGAUGUAACAUGAUGUAGCUAAGCUAGCUAUAAGGCUAACUAGCUUAUAUAACAGUAAGCUAACAAGUUUAGCCAACUGUAAAGCAAUCCGAUGUUUUGGGCGUCCUGUACGUAUUUCAAGAAAGGAAAAAAAUGUGAUUUCUUUUGAUUGGCUGAUCAGAUUUAGCGUAAGCUCCGCCCUUGUUGUGCGAGGGACGUUUGCCGCUUGGCAAUUCCAGGAUGCGCAGAGAGCAAACUGUCGCGCUGACUGAGGAAUAAUGUGUUAAUUAUUUUUUAUUUCUUAAAAACAAUACUAUGAUAAUAUUGAAAGUGUGACAUGAUGGUGAUAAGGGCACGAGUGUCACUCUGAUGACAUCACGAAGUCUGAAGGUGGAUUAAAAACGUUCGGAUGCUGCAAGAGGACACGUGAGAAACGUGGAGGUCUUUGUCCUGGAAAAGGGGCGUGGCCUGUCACUGGGAAAUGAACGACAUGUGGAGAUUUAUUUCAUCAUCAGCACGCGUCUAGUGUACCUUUGCAGGACGUGUGAUUUGGGACACGCCCACAGUGUCUCCCUAUAGAGUGUGUGAUUUGGGACACGCCCACAGUGGACUGAACGGUGAACGAUGGAGGAAACGAUGGCGCCAUCUUGUGGCCUGGACCCUCACACCGAUCACGGCGUGACUGGAGUGUGUCCCUCGGUGCAGGAGAGAACUCAGGGGCCACACACACACACACACACACACACGAUAAAGGAAUCACGCCGCGGUUCUUGGACUUUUUCAUUCAAAGAGCCGAUCUUUGUUGAUCUGGGCCGCUGUGUGAACUACGAGCACAAGACAAAAGGACGUAAAAGGACGUUCUUUAAAAUAAAAAAAAAAACAAAA